AGGAUUGCAAACACUAUCAACGGGAAGAAAUAGAAAAUGUCCGUGUAGUAGUUCGAGUUCGACCUAUGAAUGAAAAGGAGUUAGAUGGUCAUUGUCAAGAUAUAAUUACACUUGAUACUAUAAAUAAUUUCGUCUCUGUGCACAAUCCAAAUGCUUCUCUAGAUGAACCUUUAAAAUCUUUUUUUUUCGACGCUGUAUUCGACGUAACAGCAACUCAAGUAGAUAUUUACAAUGAAACAGCUAGACCAGUAAUUGAUAAGGUAUUGAAUGGAUAUAAUGGUACAAUUUUUGCUUAUGGACAGACAGGAACAGGAAAAACAUUUACUAUGUCUGGAUAUAAAUCUUCUCCACAAUUGAGGGGUAUUAUACCCAAUUCAUUCGCUCAUAUAUUUGGAUUCAUUGCAAAAGCCCAUGAAAAUCAAAAAUUUUUAGUUCGGGCCACUUACUUAGAAAUUUAUAAUGAAGAAAUCAGAGAUCUCCUGGGUAAGGAUCAUCGUCAAAAACUGGAAGUAAAAGAAAGACCUGAUAUCGGUGUCUACGUUAAAGACCUCAGUGGAUACGUAGUAAAUAAUGCAGAUGAUUUAGAUAAAAUUAUGUGCAUUGGAAACAAAAAUAGGGUUGUUGGAGCAACCGCAAUGAAUGAAUAUAGUUCAAGAUCUCAUGUUAUUUUUACAAUAACGAUUGAAUCAAGUCAUUUGGGUGAGGAUGGACAGUACCAUGUAAAAAUGGGUAAAUUACAUCUUGUAGAUCUAGCGGGCUCUGAACGACAAAGUAAAUCCAAAGCUACGGGAAUUCGAUUACGAGAAGCAACAAAAAUCAAUUUAUCCUUAUCAACAUUAGGAAAUGUCAUUUCAGCUCUUGUCGAUGGUCAAACGUCCCACGUACCUUAUAGAAACUCCAAAUUAACACGACUACUUCAAGAUUCUCUUGGAGGAAACUCAAAAACACUAAUGUGCGCUAAUAUUAGUCCAGCUGAUAUCAGCUACGAUGAAACUAUAAGCACGUUACGUUAUGCUAAUAGAGCAAAAAGUAUAAAAAAUAGAGCUUACAUUAAUGAGGACCCUAAAAAUGCUUUGUUGCGUCAAUUUCAAAUUGAAAUUGAACAGCUAAGACAACAGUUAUCCGAUCAGAGUUGGAAAAUAAACGCAAAUAUAAAUUCCGAAGUUCAUGAGGAAAUAACAGAUACAUAUAAUCAAUCGGGAAAAUCAAACAUUGUUUCACUGCUAGUCAAAGGUGAAAAUAAUAAGAGUAUUUGUUUGAAAACAAUGGAAAUGACACUUGAAUGUGAAAACUUGUUAGACAAUAGCAUCAUUGAAUUGAAACGAACUCAAUCAGAAAAGGAAACAUUACGAAAGAAAAUGAUGAAUCUACAAAAAAAAAUUUUAGUUGGUGGUGAAAAUCUUCUAGAAAAAGCCGAAGCUCAAGAGCAUUUGUUAGCAGUUUCAGCCAAAGAACUUGAUGAAAGAAAACGUAUUGAAGAAAAAUUGAAAAAAGCAAUUGAAGAAAAAAAAGCUGAAAGAAUUGAUAUUGAAGAGAAAUAUGCCACGUUACAUGAUGAGGCAAUUGGGAAAACGAAAAAAUUAGCAAAGAUACAUUCAAUGUUAUUGUCUGUAAAAGCGGAAUUAUCUGAUUUGCAACAAGAACAUCAACGCGAAAUGGAAGGUUUGCUAGAAGGAGUUCGAAGCAUAGGAAGAGAGCUCCAACUGCAAGAACUUCUUUUAAAUAAUUAUAUCCCAGCUGAAUAUCAGACGCUGGUUGAACGAUUUGUUCAUUGGAAUGAAGAUGUAGGAGAAUGGCAAUUGAAGUGUGUAGCUUAUACUGGUAAUAACAUGCGAAAGUCGCAAGUUGAUCCAUUAUAUCGAAAUAAUGCUGAAAUAAGUAGCGGAUAUUAAAAUAAAACCGUGAUGAAUAAACUCAUACAGUAAUGUACAAUAAAAUAACCAUUCUUUGUCCUAUAAUAGAUUACAUAAUAUAUAUUUUUUAUAAAAUAAUAUUAUAUAUAUCUAACUAUACGUAUAUAAACACACACAAAUAUAUACACACUUGUAAGAGCGCUUUUUGC